AUGUAUUUAUCAAAAUAUAAUACAAUUAAACUCUUAGGUUCUAUUUCAUCGAAUCUUGGGAAAACAAGUGUUCGAACAUUAUUUAAUCCUUUCGCUUCAAAACCAAUUGAAACAGCAAAGGAUGCACAUUCAAAUACACUUACGGAUACAGAAAAUGUUUUUGAAUUACAACAUCAUAUAGUUAAACCAAGCUCAAUGAAUGAAUAUGAAGCGAAUUAUUCUGAAUAUUCAUCACAAUUAAUUGAAAAACAUUCUUCGAAUGGUCUCGUUCAUACUGGCUCAUGGAAAGUUCAUAUUGGUAACGUACAAAAUCAAUAUAUACAUAUAUGGAUGUACAAAAAUUUUCCUCAUUUGGAUGAAUUUAUUGGUAAAUCGAAAACAAAUUCACUUGAUAAUAAAUUAAAUGACUAUAUUGUUCAACGCUCAAAUCAAAUCUGUCUUUCAUUCUCAUAUUUUGGAAUUCCUCAACCAAGAUCAAAAUCUGAUGAUCAAUCAAAUCCAAAUAUAUAUGAAAUGCGUUCAUAUUGGCUUAAACCAGGUACAUUAAUUGAAUGGGGUAAUUUAUGGCAUAAAGGUGUCCAACAUCGACCAGAUGCAAAAGUUCUUGGUGUUUUUUCACAAAUUGGUGAACUUUAUAAUGUUCAUCAUAUGUGGUCAUAUAAAAAUUUUCAACAACGAAAAAAAAUGCGUACUAAUGCAUGGGCUAAACCUGGUUGGUCUGAAAAUGUCGAGUAUACAGUACCAUUAAUUCGUAAAAUGGAAUCAAAGAUUCUAGUACCAAUGAAAAAUUCACCUAUGCAGUGA